UGGAUUUAUAGCUUCGAAUUACCGAUCCAUUUCUUAUUUAAAAUCUUAGUUAAAUUAAAUAAUGACUUCGCUUAUAUUACUUAAGUCAAUUCUCUUUUCGAAUGCUUUACAAAAAACUAGGAAAAAGAAGAAAAAAGGAAGAAGACCCAUGAACAAGAAAACUAGUCCUGUCUGCAGAAUUUGUUUUAAAGAACAAGGAACUGUGCCAAUAUUUAAUAAUAUACUAUAUCCAAGCAUUCCUAUUGAAAUUAGAAAUUUCUCUGGUGUUACCAUUAAUGAAUCUCAAGACACAUCAAAUUACAUGUGUAAAAACUGCCUUGAUCUAUUGAAUGGAUGUAUCAUGUUCAGGGAGUUGUGUCAAAAAAAUAACAAACAUUUGGUCGAAGUAGCUGUAAAAUCAGAAAACAAAAUUUAUGAGAGGGAUAAAAAACUACAGGAAAGUGUAGAUUCAUAUAAUAUCCCUUCACCGGCCUUUUCCAUCGAUAAUUCAGAAAUUUGGGGUUGUUCUACAUGUAGCACAGCAUUUGAAAAUUUGGAAACAUACAAUACCCAUCUAACGGCAUGUUCCUCUCAAGCUAAUAAAGAUUCGAAAGCUACUGAUGAAGUUAAAGUAAAGAGGAAAUUCCUUUGUGACAUCUGUGGGAAAACUUCACAUUCAAAUGCAAGUCUUCAAAUCCAUAUGAGUACUCAUGAAAAUGUAUUUCCAUUCAAAUGUGAGGUGUGUCCAUACCAAGGACGAACACUGGACUUGCUGAGAGUGCAUAAAAGGUCUCAUAUGGUUGACAAGCCUUUCAAAUGCAGUCAAUGUCCGAAAUCCACAACUACGGCUAGUAAUCUCGCAAAACAUAUGAGACAUGUGCAUAGCAAUACACGGCCAUAUAAAUGUACAUACUGUGACAAAGCAUUCUCAUACCAACAUGAUAUGAAAAGGCACAUCAAAGAUAUACACCUGCGACAGGGAACGGUAGAAUGUGACCUCUGCUUUAAGAAGUUUAACACAAAAAAAAUAUUACAAGGUCAUCGAUCGAAAAUUCACAACAUCAAAGGUGAAAGGCAAGGGCGUCUCCCAUCUUACUUGCAAUGCCAAAUAAUAGAUGAAACCAUUGAAAAUAUUAUCAAUGAUGAUAAUUCCACUUGAGUCUAUAGUAGGGACUCUUGAUCUAUAUCUUCUGAUUCUGAGUUAUAGAAAGAAGUGAUGUAUUAUUAUGA